AUGAAUAUUGAACUCUUAGCUAGUUCUACACUUACAGUGGUACUUUACUCAGCUACAUCCUAUCCUACUCUGUUCCCCAAACUGGAUCUUCGGAUAUGGAUGCACUUAUUCGCUAGCUCAAUUAUUCUAUCCUACUCUGUUCCCCAAGCUGGAACUUCGGAUAUGAAUACCACCACUGAAGCUACAUCCUUCCUACUCUGUCCACCCCACUGUGGAUCUUCGUUAUCUGAGUUGCCCGGCUCCUGCGCCAUUGCCAACGUCCGCUACUCCACCGCUGGCCACUCCAAGCUCGUGAGCGUCCAACCCUUCGUCGCCGGCUACCGUUUCGGCUCCGUCGCCGUCGCGCACAAUGGAAACUUCGUGAACUACCGCUCCAAACUGGAAGACAAUGGGUCCAUCUUCAACAUGACCUCCGACACCGAGGUCGUGCUCCACCUGAUUGCCACCUCCAAGCACAGACCUUUCCUACUCAGAGUCGUGGAUGCCUGCGAGAAUCUGAAGGGGGCGUACUCCCUGGUGUUCCUCACGGAGGACAAGCUGGUGGCUGUGAGGGACCCCUUCGGGUUCCGACCUUUGGUGAUGGGAAGGAGAAAGAACGGCGCUAUGGUUUUCGCCUCGGAGACAUGCGCGCUGGAUUUGAUCGAUGCGACGUAUGAGAGAGAGGUGAACCCAGGUGAGGUUGUGGUGGUGGACCACACGGGAAUCCAAUCCCUCUGCCUCGUGACUCAUCAGGAGACAAAGCAAUGCAUCUUCGAGCACAUAUACUUCGCACUUCCCAACUAUGUUGUCUUCAGGAGGUCUAUGUACGAGUCUAGGAGGAAAUUCGGGGAAAUACUGGUCACUGAGAGCCCCGUUGAGUGCGACGUUGUGAUUGCGGUUCCCGAUUCUGGGGUGGUGGCUGUGCUUGGCUACGCUGCAAAAGCUAGGGUUCCCUUUCAGCAGGGGUUGAUAAGGUCGCACUAUGUGGGGAGGACUUAA